AUGGACUACUAUGCUCAUAGUGGACCAAACACCAAUGAAGGGUUCACGAAAAUUAAACCUGCCGGUUCCCUAACCUCUCUACUUUCGCCAACGAAACAAGAAACCCAUCUACUUUGGCGUAUGCGACGAGCAUAUUCCGCGGAUCACACAGAAGCGAAACGUAAAAAAAAGGGCAAAAAAGAAUGGAACGAACAGAGAAGGUCUCAACAGUUCCAUAAAGAUGAAGGCUCAAAUUUGUACAGUCCAUUCAUACCUUAA